CACUUCUCCUCCAUUUCUUGAUCAUCUCAUCUUGCAUUUUUCGUCCACCAAACUUAAAAAAUUCUCUUUAGAAAAGGUACUAUGCAGAGUGCUUCGAUGAGGUCCGUGUUUUUUCUAUGGGCCCUCAUGGUGUUUUCUCUUUGCGUUUCGCGCUCUCGUGCGCAGACCUGCCGGAACUACACGUUCACCAACAAGAACACCUACGCCUUGUGCGUCGACCUCCCCGUGCUGAGCUCCUUCCUCCACUGGAACUACACGCAAUCGACCGGCACGGCCGACGUCGCGUUCCGGCACACGGGCGCCUCGACUUCGAGGUGGAUCUCGUGGGCGAUAAACCCCAAGGGGCAGAGGAUGGUGGGGUGCCAGGCGCUCGUGGCCUACAUGACCACGAGUGGGUCGAUGUACGCCUACACGUCGAGCGUCGACAGCUACAGCACGGACUUGCCGGAGGGGGCCCUGAGCUUCGGGGUGCCGAGUAUAUCGGCGACGUAUGAGAACGGCGAGAUGACGAUAUUCGCGAGGUUGAAACUCGGGACGAGCAUGACGAGCGUGAGCCAGGUGUGGGAAGAGGGUCCGAUGAAUGGGCCCGGAACCCCCGGCAGGCAUUCCAUGGGAGGAGCCAAUGUGCGAUCGACGGGGACGCUCAACUUCUUGUCUACGUCUAGCACGUCGGGUGGCGGAUCGCCAUCGGGAUCAUCGGGAAUCAGCUCGACGGAGCGGAAAAAGAAUGUUCAUGGGGUUUUGAAUGCUGUGAGCUGGGGAGUACUGAUGCCAACGGGAGUGCUGUUGGCGAGGUACUUGAAGGUGUUCAAGUCAGCAAAUCCAGCUUGGUUUUAUCUCCACGUGACGUGCCAGACAUCUGCCUAUGCCGUUGGCAUCGCCGGUUGGGUCACCGGCCUGCGGCUCGGCGACGAGGGCGGAGGCAGCAGCGUGGGCACUCAUGGCAACAUUGGCAUGGCCCUCUUCAUCCUCGCAACUCUUCAGGUUUUUGCUCUUCUCCUGAGGCCUAAGCCGGACCACAAGUACAGACUCUACUGGAACAUAUACCACCACUCUUGUGGGUACACUGCGAUCGCGCUGAGCAUCGUCAACGUGUUCAUUGGCUUGGACCUUUUGGACCCGACGAAGGUGUGGAAGCGGACGUACAUCAUCAUCCUUGUAGUCCUAGGCUGCGUCGCCCUGAUCAUGGAGCCGGUUACGUGGGCCGUCGUGAUCAAGAAAAGGAGGAGAGAGAGAUCCCAGAAGCACCCGGCCGUCGGCAUGAACGGUGCUCAUAGCAAUGGCUAUAACGGCAGAUCCCAUGAGGACGGUGUUUAGAUCCGUUGGUAUCGUGUUUGAUUAGCAUAUGUACCGCGUUACGAGCAGCUAUUGCGUUCGUACCGAGGACACUCACGUCUUUUAUUUUGACCGUUUCUUGUUCUUCUUCCGUUUCGAUAGAUCCCGUGUUGGUAGGUCGUACAUGUCCGAUAUGGCUAUCGUUGAUACUUUGUACUUUAUUGGGUAGGUAUAUCAUAUCAUCAUGGUUAUUCAUGACGACGAUUUUGUACCUAUUAGGCAUUGACAGCGCUUUAUUUAUCAUAAUGUAUC